AUGGCGGUGCAAAGAAAGUUCGUCGACAAAGGAUUGUUAAAAAAUGUCAUUCGUCAUACAGAUGCCUCCAACAAGGUAGGUGUAUACUUUUGUCACAUAUUUAUAGAGUUUCGUUUCGUCUUGAAUAUUGUGUUAAGAAAUCUGUUAAACCAUCUCGCGAGAGCACAAAAAAAGACAGCCGGCUUUGGUGCCUCUUUUCCCACAGUCAGCCAAAGCGACAACCAAACACAAGUUUGUGUUCGCAGGCUACUUAGCAUGGGAUAGUUUGUUGAAGCUUUGAUUAACAGCUCUAGAGUUAAAUUGGAUGACACUUCACAAAUGAAUUCAACUAAUUAAUGGAGUUGCGCUAAAAUGUAAUAAUCCAUGAAAAUCCUAAUAUUGCACAUCUUUGCGCUCUGUUGUCUGUUCGUUUUGUCAAAGGAAACGUGAUAUAUUGUCAGAUUCAAACUGUAUUUUGUCGCCGGCCAAAGCAAAUCUUUCCCUGUAAGAUCUACUUUCUAAUAGAAAAUAAAUUAACCGUAAAUUUAUUCAUUAAAUUCAUGCGUGCACGUCUCCAAUCACUAAUAAAUCCUUUAUUCAAAGAUCCAAGAGGAGAGUGAAAUGUGGAGGCAGCAUGAGUUAAUGAAUACACGAAGAAACGAAGCAAGUUGGUCAUCGUCAAAGGACACAAAAAGGUAACAUAUUUUUAUGUGCCCAGAAUAGACCUUGUCGUGUUUUUGGAAGCCAUCUUGAUGAGUAGGGAACUGCUUGAGAAAUUACAGUGUUUGUAUGAGAAUCUAAUGUCGAAUAACUUCCGUAAAAACGGCUGUUCUGAAAAAAAUAAUUAUGAAUUGUAUACUAAAGCUACACAGCAAUGGAUUUUACCAACAAAUUUUGGUGGCAAUAAUUGUGCUUAAAUUUCUCCAGAUGCUUGUUUUAGAUUUUCCAUAUAUUUUUUCUGCAAUUUUUAUUGUUCCUGGGAAAUUUUAGUUGGCAGGAAGAAAAAUUUUUACAGACAAAUGUAUAGAACAUUUGAAAAAGUGGUUCUAGCACAUGCAACUGCAUGUAACACCCUCAAACUUUUUCAUUAGAAUUGUUAGAAGUGAAGCUUUGGUUAACCAGGGCUGUCAAAAAGUUUUAAGUAGCAGCUUGAUAAUGAAUACCUGUAGUAGGCGGCUUUAGAACUCGCACCAAAGGCACAAGUUCUUAAGGGCUGGAACAACAUCUAGGGACAUUUUGAAAUUUAGAGUCUCGGAAAUUGUAUUUCCAGGGGUUUUCAAGAGGUAUUUUCCACCGCCAAUGCCAUGUUGUUUCGUCGGAAUACAUACAAGACUGUGAACAAUGCUGUCCAAAUGUCCUACGCGUUCCACAACAUCGCACGGUUCGAACGUUUCACUGAUCUAAACUUGUCUAAAUAUGUGUUCUAUGUCAUUCAAACCUGGGAAAUGCAUGCUUUACAAUUUUAUUGGAUGGUGCUUAUUUUUUUGUUAGCUUAUCUUUUUGUUAUUGGAUGGUGCUUAUCUUUUUCAGAACAGCCAUUUUACGGAAAUUAUUCCACAAUUUCUGACUUGGUUGCCUACUCGUCAAGUUGGCUUCCAAAACUGUGGCAAGGUCUAUGCAGAACUAGAAAAAAGCAGGCUAGAACUCCAGAUUAACUCAAACUCAGAAACAGCCAGCAUUAUUCCAGGUUCGGUUUUACGGGAACGGUAGAACCCAGUUAGUUCAGACACCAAGGGAGAAUGCCAUAGUGUCCAUUUUAUCUGGGUGUCUGUAUUAAGCGGGCUCUCAGGAAAAAUGCCACGGACACGUGUUUUAACAAUAAUAACACAGACUUUUUUGCAAGACAAUGUUGAUGAAUAACUGCAACUUAUUAUGGUUUAUCCAAAAGAAAGCCGAUGAUCAUUAAAUUUUGUCAUAGUCUUGGACUAAAUUAACCUUAAGUUUUUAAACAAAGUGUUGUUCUUGAUAAACGGUAAUGGAAUCCGUGACUUUUUCCUGAUGCUUUUAGUUUGGGACUCAGCUGGGUGGAUUGAAUACUAGACAGAGCUGCUUUGAAAGGUCAUUCUCCCCAUUUCUGUAAAGUUUCUACUUGUAAGGGGUUAAAAAUAUAUGGGAAUUUGGAUGACCGUUGUGCAUAUCAAGUGGGUUUAUUUUAAAGAAAAUAUAUUAGCUUUGUGUGGUGAGAACAACCCUGCAAGUUAAAUUUUUCCUUUGGUGGCCAUUUGGCAAGCAACUCUUUAGGUUUAGUUGCUAAAGGAAUUUUUUUAGGUGCCAAAAUAUAUAUCAAUAAUUGAGUUUUAAUAAUUGGUUAAUAAUUAAUUUGGGCUUAAGAAUGGUAUUGUUGAGCCAAAACAACGUCUCUAAAUGGUAUUUACCAUAUUCACAAGUGUAUACAGUAACUUAUUAUCCGUGCUGAGUAACAUCCAUGUCGUUUCUUCAAGUAUCAGUUUUCUCUGGUCACCAACUUGGCGACUAUUUUCUGAAUCAAGUUGCCAGUACCAAAAUGUUAGUCACCAUGGCACCUAAAGUUGUCGCAGCUUGGGGGGUUGGAAAAAACAAAACUGGCCUUAGGUGUCCAUAUUAAGCAUGUGUCUGUACAGUGGGAUUCCACUAUAACUUAAAAGUCUGCUCUUUCCAAAUUUUUCCAAGCCUUGUAGGACGAAUGAGAUGUGACAGUGAAUUUCAAGAGCCUAAAAGUAGUUUUUGGACGCAGCAAUUGUUUAACUUUGAAGCAGCAGACUCUGGCAGGUUUGUAUUUUCUUUCUCAUCUAACUUUGUUUGAUAAACUAAAUUGUAGAGACCAGUCGGGGGGGGGAAGAGACGGGGUCUGGGACCAAGAAACGAUGUUCUCAUAACUUGCAAAGAGGUCACCCAGCGUGGUGGUCAGCGGAUAAUUACAGUAUUUUCCCACAGUAAAAUAAUAUUUUUAGACUUUUUAGAAGCAAGAAGCGAACCGACAGAGGAAAUCAGAAAUGCUUAAAAAAUUGAAAAAAAUAAUAUCAUGCAUCUUUGUUUUUCUUGAAUAUCGUAUUUGUCCUUUGGUACUGAAAUGCGGGGGACACUAAAACGUAACCGUACUAGAUCUUAACCAACAACAACGCGCUCGAUGGGUUUAUUUAUAGGUUACAUCGUUUUUGCCGGGCAAGGAUAACUUGAUGCUGAUAAAAAUUACUGGAGCAAGUGUCAAAUUUAUCGGAAGCAAGUAUAUUCAAGAGAGCUUUAUAAAAAUGAGCUUACUGCUCUACAUAUCAUAACUGAAUACAAAUGAACACUUCAUAACAUUUCACUUCGUUUAUUUCGAUCAGUCAACACCUUGAAUCCAAAGUUAAAAUUCAAAACGAUCCUAAAACAAAUCACAACUACUACUGAAAGCUCUGUACCUUGAAGCGACUUUAACUGUCCAAAUGUUUCAGCAAAACACUGCUCGAUAACUCUGACAACUCUUCGGCGAAUCUUAGCAGCUAUACAGAGCUAUAUGUUGCAUAUUCCAAACUCUGCAAAGGGAAAUUGUUUAACAGAAAAAGAAAUUCACACACUAUGUCUGAAAAGCGACAUAAAAUCAAUAAAUUUGCGAAUUACCAAAAUAUAAUAGUGAGAAACAGUCUUCUCAAGACCGUUGAUCUAUGGUUUUUGACGUAAUGCGCAUGAUCAGUACACAAAUCCGCUGCCGAGACCCUUGCUGAUCGCUUUGCAAGUUGUGAGAACAUCGUUUGGAUUUCAUUUAAGAGAAUGUAUGGGAAGUAGCUUCCCCGCCCCCCUGGUAGAGACUUACAGUUCAGUUACAGAUGUGUCUCACCAAUCCAGUACAGUUGACACAUGAAAGCAGUUAAAUUUAUGCAUUGAGUCUUUUGUUUCUGAUCUUUUUCAUUGCACUGUCAGAGUACAACAUGUAUUAGCUGAAAGAUGGUACAAUGGUGUCAACUUAAUUUUACUUUAAAAAUUCUUAUAAGCUGGUCAUUGAAAACUGGUCACUGAACUCUACUUGAUAAGGUCACUUCCUGAUUGAACAACUGUUUUUGUGGAUAUAUAUCUUGCUGGAAUUUUGAAUACCUAGCAAAAUGUGCAGCCAUUUGACUGGAAAGGGCUAAAAGGCUGGUUGUUGCGUGCGAUAAACUCGAGAAUCACUCUUUAAUACGUAGGAAAAGGAAAGGAAAAAUAGCAUGAGCGAGAAGAAGGGAAGGAGGGUAAUCAAUCAAUAAUUACACUCAAAGUUUUUACAUUGGCUACUUUGGGGAUAGACGGGAUAGUUUUUGGCCAAAAAAAAACCUGCUCAAAGAAACAGGUGUAUUUGGUAGAACUUGUUUUGCAACAUUGCUACAAAACGAGUUAAAAAUGUAUGUUGUGCGUUUUACCACCCAUGUCACGUUCAAACCUGUUUUGCAGCAAACCAGGUUGUUGCAAGUUGCGUGAAUACUGCCUUCUGAUUGGAUAAAAUUAUGCGAAAGUCACGCCAUUCCCCGGAUUCACGUCACUUGCUGCAAAACAAGUUUGCCUUAGGCCGGUAAAACGCACAACAUGUACAGAUUUUGUUGCAAAAGGUAGAACUACUCUCUUCUUUCUGCAACAACCUGAUUUGUUGCAAGGCAGGUCUGAGUGGGUUGUAAAGCGCGCGACAUCGCUACUCAACUCGUUUUGCAGCAAUUUCGCAAAACAAGUUGCGCGUUUUUUGUUGUCCGUUUAGACAGCUAGAUAUACAAGUCCGUGACAGAGAGUAAACUCACGAGACAAUCAUCUCUAAAAGUUAGGCACAGAAUAAUUUUGAACAAGAAAGAACUGAUGGAAGAAUAUAUGUCCCCAUGAAGAGUCAAUUUAACACAUAAUUUGUCAAGAAUCAACUACUUUCUUUUGAAAAACUUUCAGUUCUUUCAAACAGGAUAAUUUUAUUUAGCACAUUUGGAAACUCCUCCCCAUUACAAUAUUGUCAAAUUCUCUGAAAUUCAGACUUAGCUUAUUGGCUUUAUUGCAAAAGAAAUAAUGUGACUGUGUACUCGUAAAAAGCCAAAUCUACGCCCCGCCGUGCAAGUCUUAUGUGCGAUAUCGAAAUGGCCAAUGUAAAAACGGGUAUUUCAAGUCGCAUUAUUUCCUGAAUGUUCAUUAAUUAUCAGAUGGGGUCACAGUGGAUACCGAGAGCUCUACCCAGAGGAGUUUGAGGGAAAAAGAAGUGACGAAACUCAGAAAUCCAAGAUAAAGAAAUCGAAAAAAGUUAAAAGGUAGGUUAAACUUGGCUCUGUUUCCGAUCUGUAACAAACAGCACGCAGUAGGCCAGUUUCGAAUUAUAAGAGUUCAUGCUUGACCCCGCGGCUGAGGGGUAUAAAGCAAAAAAAUCGCCUUUGUAAGGUCCUGAUUAGAGGCCUUUCGAUACUAAGACGGGUACGAUUACGAUUACCAGAUUUUCUCACUACUGAGUAGUGCUUGCGCGUGAACCAACGUCAUUUUGGCGGUAAAAAGUGGUAUCCGUCGUCAUUCUACAACGAGUUUUAGCGUGAGAUGUCGCCGGAAGUGACGAAAACAAGAUAUCAAAUGUUAGAAGUUUUAUCUUUUUGCGAUUGGGAGAGAACGUAACCUCCUUCACUAAAGAUAACAGUGCUAACUUUUCUGGUGAAAAAUGGUAAAAUGAAGCUUUCCGGAAAGUCUAUAUUUUGAGAAUACGCGAAAAAACUUUAAGUCAAUUCUCGUACUCAGUAGUCUUCCUCGUCCUCGAAUCUAAAGGCCUCUAAUAACAACUAGUACCGUGUAAAAGUACUGCUAAGGGAAAGUCGUUUGAAUGGUAGCAACAAAUAUUCCUUUUAAUAUUCCUUUAUUUACUCUCGGCAGUAUUUAUAGCACUAAUGCUAGUGGUGCCGAGCAAAUGACUGAAAUAAAUAAUUCAAGUAUAAUCGAAUAUAACAUGGUUAAGAAUAUCAACUAGCCGGAGACAAACCAGCUGGCUGUUUACAAGCGUGAUGGAGGAUAUGAACUCGCGCUACCGAGAACAAAUCCAGCUAGCGGUCAGGCCGGAACGUGAACUUGGAGCCUUCGAAUUGCAAGUCCAGCGGUCUAACCACUCGGCCACGCUGCCUCCUACGAUUUGAUCCGUAGACUCACAAGUUAGAAUCACCUUAUAAGAGCUCUUUCGUUCACUCCGGAGUUGAAAGGGUUGAUGCAAGUUUCGGAUCAGUUUAGACUGCCCACCUACCCCUCCCCUAAGCCAACAUCUCGUCCUAAGUGAGAUGUAUGUGUUAUUAUUUGCUUAGGGGAGGGGUAGGUGGGCAGUUUCUCAGAAACCUAAAUUAAUCCCAAGUUUCGCCCCAUGUUAGGGAAUCCGAUAAAUUUUUGCUCUUGGAAUCCGGAAUCUUGGGAUUUGGAAUUCGGAAUACAGCUCAAGGAAUCCGGGAUUCAACGAGCGAUUGGACCCCGGAAUCCAAGUUUCACUGACAAAGUCGGCAAUCCAGUACCUGGAAUCCGGAAUCCACGGGCUGGAAUCCAGAAAAGAAGACUGUCUUGGAUUUCCGUAAUUGGGGCGACAAGUUACUUAAAGGAGCUGUGUCACGAAAUUCAGCCAAAUUAGGAAAUUACAAAAUGCCCGCUAAAUUAAGAGAAGCAUAAAAAUAACCGCUUAAGACUUUAAAGGAAGGUUAAAGUAACAUAACAGAAACAACAGAUGCCACGGAUGGGCAAAACUGAAGAAGAUUCAAACGGAUUGAAAUUAGGGUUUUUGAAAAGUGUUCAGCCUAACAGUUUUUCAAAGUUGAUCCCUGCUGCUUGCAACUUGAAACGUAAUGCUCAGGAGACAUAUUUGUUAGCCUCGGAUUUUGUCAUUUACAUGUAAUUUCUUUGUAAUUGGCAAAAUUAAACAAAAUGAACUGGACUGCCGUGACACAGCCCCUUUAAACGGUCCGGUAACACAAAGAUACGCCUCUUUUCUUUGCAGAUCAGGAUCUAAUCGACACAGUGCAAGUAAAGAAAAGGGAAAGAAAGUGAAAGGCAAACGGAAUAAAACUGAGUCCAGCCCCGAGAUUUCUUGCGGAGAAAGUGGAGAAGGGUAUGAACGGAAAAGAAAGCGAAAAACUAGGAGAAGCCCCAGCGAAGAACGAGGUCUAUCGAACGAGAGGUUACGGAAGAAAGUAACAAGAAAGAAGACGGAGGAAACUUCUGAUUCCGAGGCUAGAAAAACUGACGAAGAGAGCAGAGAACGUUUGGACUCUGGGAUUAAAAGGAAAGGUAUUAGAAAAUAUAGAAUAUCAAGUAGAAGGCGUAGAAAAGGUGAAGAGCGAAUAAAGAAGAAAAAGGCUAGAGUAUUAAGCUCUGACGAAGAAAGUAGUGAGAAUUCUGAACGCAGGUCAAUAAUGAAACGAAAGAGAGGAGGAAGGCACAGUUCUGAAGAAAGCAGUUUAUCAAGUGAGUUAGAAGAGAAUGAAGGAAAAAGAAGGAGAAGAGAAUAUAGAGAAGACUUCAAGGAUAAAGGCUUUGAUGAAGAAAACGAGCGUGAUGAAGAUGAAGAAAAACAACAGGGAAGUAACGGAAGUGACGGUGAAGAACGUGGCUCAAAAAAUAAGGAAAACAGCAGUAGUAGACGAAAUGAAAGAGGGGAAUUUGGAGCUCAGAGUUCUGACGAUGAAAGCGAGAGUUAUGAACACCACAAAAGAAAGCGAGAGGAUGGUCACAGAAGAAAUAGGGAAAGGCAACGUGUUUCUAAAAGGAAAGAAAGCGAAGAUAGGACAAACCGAAGGGAAAGAAAGAAAUGUAUAACUCGAAGUUCUGAUGACGAAAGCGAAGAGAAUUUUAAUGGAGACAUAAGGCAACGAAAGGGAGGUCGCGGAAGAUAUGACAAAGAACAGCAUUUGUCAAAAAGGAAAGGAAAUGAGAGCACGGGACGAAAAGAUAGAGAGGAAUUUAGACAUCAAAGAUCGGACGAAGAGAGCGCUCAGGGUCGUGAUGCUGGAAGAAAGCGCAGUCUUGCCAAAAGAAAAGCUAGCGACUCGGAUGAAAAACAUUCAUCAGAUGGAAGGAAAGGAGAGUACAAAAGGAAGGACAGUUUUUUAUCAGAAGGGCAGAAGAUCGAAGUGCCCUCAAGCAAGGACAGAAAAAAGCGAAAUGAAAGAGAGCAAAGCAGAGGAAGUUCACGAAAACGAAAAAGAGAAAAACAUCGCCUGGAAAGUAUUGAUAGCGAUAGUGAAGGCGUAGACUUACAAUCAAGCAGGGACAGAAAAAAACGAAAUGAACGAGAGCAAAGCAGAGGAAGUUCACGAAAACGAAAAAGAGAAAAACAUCGCCUGGAAAGUAUUGAUACCGAUAGUGAAGGCGAAGACUUACAAUCACAAAGAAGGGGAAAAUAUCGAAGGAAGAAAGAGAAUUGA